AUGCGCUCCAUAGCGCCCAUCCUCGUCACCUUCCUCUUUUCUGCAGCGCAUGCCGUAAAUAACGGUGGCUACUCGCCGUUUCACAACCCCGUCCUCGGUCUUUCGAACAAUGGACCCCUAGUCAAGAGACAGAACAACUGCCAGUCAGGUUACAAUUCAUGCUCGAGCCUUGGGGCGGGUUCUGCAUGCUGUCCACAGAAUGCCAAUUGUGCUCUGGAUGAUGCAGGGAACAUUGCAUGCUGCCCUUCAGGUGCAGAGUGCACCGGUACAAUAGCUGGGACAGCGACUGGGUCACAGACCGUUACAUCAAGCUCUUCGGGAUUUGUGCUAGGAGGCACCACGACCUCGAGCACCCCCAUCACAACUUCUCCCGGGAUUACCUCCUUUACAACCGGCGUAGCCGGCGGCGGCUCUACUGUCCCCAACAAUUUCUACCCCUUUAUCUACAUCCCAACCUCGUACGCCAAUGCCGAUUUGUGCACAAGCGCAUAUUCCAUGUGUCAAGCCCAAUCGACUUCUUGUUUUGCCUCGCUGGCCGGGGCCAACGGAGUGACGGUGUCAGGGCUUGGGGGAGGGAUAACACAACAGGGAACUACUGGAACAGUCUUGAACUCGGCAAGCACCAUCUGCAGCUCACUGAGCGCUCAAGGAUGCUACAAUCUGCGAGAAACACAAUGCAGCAUCUUCGGCAGCGGCUCUGCAGGCACUACCGCGACAUCUUCGAACGGUUUUGUCCAGGUCGGGAAUGACGGCCCACGACAAACUGCUUGUCCAGGAAUGCUUUAUGCUGCAGGAGCUGGAGCUGUGUUUGGCGCGAUUGGUGGCCUAGUAUAA